UUUAUCUUUUCUGCAGGCCAAAAUUCUUAUAAAUAUAGGCGUAAUAUUAAUCGACGUUAAGUGGCUAAUAGACCAUAGGCAGUAAACAAUGAAAUUGUCAUUGUUCUUUGUUGCGGCUUUGGCCGUAUUCUCGGUAUCGGCUGUGCCGUUGGUAUAUGAUGACGAACCCGAAGUGCCGUACGAACGUUACAUCGAGUUCAUCGAUGAAAAUGGUGUUAAAAACACCAUCGACUUAGAAGAAGAACCUGAUGUAGAAUUUUUGAAUAGCAUUACACGGGACAAUGACAUCAACGGCUACUUUUUGUUCACUAGGAGUAAUCCCGACAACCCCCAGCAACUGUUCAAAGAUGACGCCGAGUCUAUUAAAAACUCGAACUUCAACUCUAAAGAUAACACUGUGGUCAUAGCCCACGGAUGGCUCAGCAACCAAGAGAGUGGUCUAAACCCUGCCAUUAGGGAUGCUUUCUUCAAUGUGGGCAGUUAUAACGUCAUCGUUCUUGACUGGAGGCCUUUGGCUAUGCGUAACUACAUAACUUCUGCUGGUGGGGUCCCAGAGGUGGGCCGUAAUUUGGGUCGUUUCUUGGCUUUCCUGUCUUCCGUCACCGGCAUUGGUUUGGACACUGUACACUUGGUUGGCUUCAGUUUAGGAGCUCAUCUCGUCGGUAACGCCGGCAGGGAACUUGGUGGAAAAGUAGCUCGUAUCACUGCGUUGGAUCCUGCUGGACCUCUAUUUAACUUAAACUCCAACAAGGUAAGAUCAGAUGAUGCCAUCUACGUAGAAGGCAUACACACUGAUGGAGGCUUGUCCAUUAGUCUUGGUAUCGGCUAUUCCAUCGGAGACGUAGAUUUCUUCCCUAAUGGAGGUAACAAUCAACCUGGCUGCUUCACCACUAGCAUCUGCUCCCAUAACCGUGCCUGGAGAGUGUUUGCCGCUACUGUAUCCUACAAUCAUUUGGAGGGUAGAAGUUGCUCAAACAUCUUGCAAAUAAACCUGAACACUUGUCGCGGUGAUAGACUCAGGAUGGGCAACGGAGAAUUGUAUAAAUCAGGAUCUGGCAGAUAUCGUGCAAAUACAAGAAGACGCUACCCUUACUAAAUAUUAAUGAAUAUGAAACAGCCAUUGAUGCGUUUAAUUAUUUAUUAAUUAAUAAACAUUUAAAAAACC